CAACUAAACUCUAAGCAAACCUUUCGGCUUGUGUAAAGUACAUAAACUAUUUCGAAAGUUUACGUUAAAUAACUUGCCUUUAAAUUAAUUUUUUUGCAGAACAAAUAAAGAUCAUAUAUUUAACAUGAAGGAACGUAUAGCUGUACCAGCUGAUGAUCCUAAGGAUACUAAAGACAAGCCAAAAGAAAAGAAAGUCGAAGAAGAGAAAGAGCCCGAUUUGUCUGAUGAAGAUAAAGCUUUGCAAGAUGAACUUAAUACCUACAUUCAAGUUCUCACUGAAGAUAAUCAAGAACUUUAUUUACCCACCUUGAAUCAACUACGUGUAAAAAUCAGAGCUUCUACAACAUCUAUGACAUCUGUACCAAAGCCAUUGAAAUUCCUUCGCCCUCAUUUUGACACUUUAAAGCAGAUAUAUCAAAAGUAUCCUGAUGGUGAGGCAAAGAAUUAUGCUGCUGAUAUCUGCUCUAUAUUGGCCAUGACUAUGAGUGAUAAAAGGGAAUGCCUAAAAUAUCGGCUUGCAGGAUCUCAGGAGGAUAUAGGCUCUUGGGGACAUGAAUAUGUGAGGCAUUUGUCUGGAGAAAUAGCUGCAGAAUGGGGCCGAUGUGAUAAUAUUGUAUACCAAAAACAGUUGGAAAAACUUGCUUCUCAGAUUAUUCCUUAUCACAUGGCUCAUAAUGCUGAGGCAGAUGCUUGUGAUCUUGCAAUGGAAAUUGAACAUCUUGAUAUGUUAAUAGAUUAUGUUGAUGAAGAUGCUUUCCCACGAGUUGCUUUAUAUUUAACUAGUUGUGUUCCUUAUGUAUCAGAACCAGAGAAUACAAACCUUUUGAAAUGUGCCCUACAACUGUUUCGAAAAUUCAAGCGUUAUCCUGAAGCUCUGCGAGUAGCUAUGCAACUUAAUGAUAUUGCUUUGAUUGAAGAAAUCUUUUUGUCAUGUCCUGAUAACUCAAUUCAAAAGCAGAUGGCCUUCAUGUUAAACCGCCAGCAAAUUUAUCUGGAAUUGGAAGGGGAUGAAAAUUCCGAAUUGGUAGACAUUAUGUCAAAUGCUCAUUUAAAUAAUCAUUUUCUAGCAUUAGCCAGAGAGCUUGAUAUUUUGGAACCUAAAACUCCUGAUGACAUUUAUAAGACACACCUAGACAACGCUCGACCAUCAUUCGGUCCGACUGGCAGUGUGGACUCAGCAAAACAGAAUUUGGCAUCCAGUUUUGUAAAUGGUUUAGUUAAUGCUGCCUUUGGUCAGGAUAAAUUAUUAAUGGAAGAUGGACAAAAAUGGCUGUAUAAAAAUAGAGAGCAAGGUAUGCUAAGUGCUACUGCCUCACUUGGCUUGAUAUUGCUUUGGGAUAUUGAUGGAGGUUUAGGGCAAAUAGAUAAAUAUCUUUAUUCAUCAGAAGAAUAUAUCAAGGCUGGUGGCUUGUUAGCUUGUGGUAUUGUAAACUGUGGUGUCCGCAGUGACUGUGAUCCUGCACUUGCCCUUUUGGGUGAUUAUGUGCAACAUAAUAGCAUGACAAUGAGGAUAGGUGCUGUUAUUGGGAUGGGCAUUGCAUAUGCUGGGACAAACCGAGAUAAUGUGUUGUCACUAUUAAUUCCUGUCAUUAGUGACCCAAAAUCAAACAUGGAGGUUGUUGGUUUAUCUGCUUUAGCUUGUGGCAUGAUAGCUGUUGGUUCAUGUAAUGAAUCAGUCACCUCUGCUAUUCUUCAAGUUUUACAUGAAAAAAGUGAAGCUGAUCUAAAAGAUACAUUUUCUCGUUUUCUCCCACUUGCAUUAGGUCUUUGUUAUUUAGGAAAACAAGAUGGUGCUGAUGCUGUAAUUUGUGCCCUUGAUGUUCUCAAUGAGCCUUUUAAGAGCAUGGCUAAAACAAUGGUUGAUGUUUGUGCUUAUGCUGGCACUGGAAAUGUAUUAAAAGUACAAAAUCUUCUUCAUAUUUGUAGUGAACAUUAUGAAGUUGCUGAUAAGGAUGACAAAAAAGACGAAAAAAAGGACAAAGAAAAAGAUGAUAAAGAUAAAAAGGAAGAGAAGUCAAGUGCUGUAGAUUUGUCUUCUCAACAAGCUAUAGCAGUGCUAGGUAUUGCAUUAAUUUCCAUGGGAGAAGAAAUUGGAUCUGAAAUGGCUUUCAGAACUUUUGGGCAUUUGCUGAGGUAUGGAGAACCUGUUAUCAAGAGAUCUGUUCCUUUAGCUCUAGCCUUGAUAUCUGCUUCAAAUCCAAAAUUAAACAUCCUUGAGACCCUCAGCAAGUUUUCACAUGACAGUGAUGCUGAAGUUGCAUAUAAUGCUAUAUUUGCUUUAGGAUUAGUUGGUGCUGGUACUAAUAAUGCUCGUUUGGCUGCAAUGCUUCGUCAGCUAGCUCAGUAUCAUGCAAAAGACCCAAAUAAUCUUUUUAUGGUUCGGCUUGCUCAAGGCUUGGCUCAUCUUGGUAAAGGAACUCUAACAUUAUGUCCGUAUCAUCAUGAUAGACAACUUUUAAGUCCUGUAUGUGUGGCUGGACUCAUGGCAACAUUGGUUUCUUUCCUUGAUGUAAAAAACAUUAUUCUUAAAAAUUCACACUAUGUUCUCUACAAUUUGGUGGCUGCCAUGCAACCACGCAUGCUGGUAACUUUCGAUGAAGAUCUCCAACCUUUGCCUAUCCCAGUGAGAGUUGGGCAAGCAGUUGAUGUCGUGGGGCAAGCUGGAAAACCCAAGACCAUUACAGGAUUCCAAACACAUACUACACCUGUUCUUUUAGCAUAUGGAGAAAGAGCUGAGCUGGCUACAGAGGAAUAUAUACCUCUUACACCCAUUUUAGAAGGAUUUGUGAUUUUGAGAAAAAAUCCAAAUUAUACAGCUGCUUAAUAUGGACUUUUUAUUUAAAUCAUUUUCUGGAUUUCAUUUCUGUUCAAUAAAAAGAGACCUUUUUUGAUA